GUAUAAGAUCUAGUUUUAUGUGUACACUCUGAGAAAAUAUUAUACAAACUCGUUGUUUUUAAUAUUCCAGCAUAAAGACGACUUGCCGUUUUUUUAGUUAUGAUAUUAUUUUGAUGAAGUUUUCUUAGGAUAUUAACUUGACCCAUUUGCCUGCAAUAUUUUAUAUACUCUUGAAUAUUGCGGUAUAUUGUCAUAAUAUCGUCAACUUUUUUUGACAACUAUAUAAACUAUGUUGUAGUUGUUGGUCCCAACUGCGUUUAUAUCAUGAGAAACUAUAUCAGACAGUGAUAUUUAUAUAUAAGACAGUGAUAUUUUUCCAGUAAAGUUUUUAAUUUUUAUUGUUCUAGCACGAUGAAGAUGUGAGACUUCUUGGGCAAAAAAUCGAAGUGUUACAGGCCAUCGGAGCUGCGCAUGCUCCACUGGGAAUGCAGUUUCCUCGAGGACCCUUACCUCACCAGGAACCUGAAGCAGAUUAUACUUGGAAGAUAGCAAACUUCACAAGAAAGUUAGCUCAAGCAAAAUCUAACAAUGACUGUGGUGAUAUCGAAAGUGAACCUUUUUUCUCCAGUCAUGGUUACAAAAUGAAAUUGGAGGUCUAUCUGAAUGAAGGACCGCGUGGCCAUUCGGGAUAUAUGGGUGUGUACAUAUGCUUGAUGAAGAGUGAUCGAGAUGGCGCUCUGCCUUGGCCUUUCACAAAGCGUUACACAUUCGUUCUUGUUGAUCAGCAAGAUGAUCUUAGUCAAAGACAAAACAUUACAUACUCAGACGUUCCAGAGGGAGAGAAAGAGUUUAAGAGACCAAGACAGCGGGAGAAUGUUGGUUGUGGAGAGAAUCAAUUUGUUAAACAUUCAACUCUACGUACUCGUCAAUACAUUAGAGACCACGCUGUAUACAUGAAAAUAAUAAUAGAUCCAUGAAAAGGUUGUUACUCUCUAGUCUCUACCUUACAGACACCUGAUACCAAAUAUAGCAACUCUAUAUUACACGUUAAAAACGUUUUAUUCACUGAAAUUAGUUAUUUGACAUCACAGUGUAGCGAAAUUAAACUUAGAAAUACAGUUUGAUCCUCCGUAGAGCCAUCUUUUAAGUAUUUCCAAUUCCAAAGUACCGUUUCUUGGCCAAAGAGCGAAGAAAGUGCGCAGUGAAUGAUGGGAAGAUCUUCCCAUCACUGAAAACUUCACGUAAGCCUCUGUGGAGGAGAUACCUAGAUAGAGUUUGGUUGAGCUCAGAGAAGAUACUGAGUUUACUGACUGUUUCAACUAUAUUUUUUUUAGUUCAGCCGUUGGCCCGUUUCUCAUCAAAGUUCAUCACUUUGGAAAACAUUAGUUCUCUAUAAUAUUUAAAAAGUAAUAAG